AUGAUAUUCUCCGACAUUUACAAGAGCCCGCGAUCCCCCAUCGCUAAGCUCAGGCACCACUCGGUUCAGAUGCCGGCUCCACUGUCCACCUCUACCCCAGACUGGUGCGACGAUGACCACGCCGACCUUCUCAGCAAGGACAAGGUGAAGCAAAAGGAGGCGGUCAGGCGAUAUCUCGAGGUCAAGGUCAAGAAUGACUGGGAAUUCUCGUGGCCCUCUCGUGUGGUUGACCCACCUCCCGCAAACGGCUCCAUCUCUGUCGCAGAUACGACAUCCGAACCAUCUGGACAAGCCCACGAGCCGCCGACAACGACAAGUCUGGAUGCAGUCGAGCCUACAAAACCAAUCCAGGAUGAGACGCGCGACGACGAUGGGUACCAAGUAGACGAUGUUGAGUCGUCAGAUGAUGACGACGACAACAGCGACGCCGAGUCGACUUACAGCACUGUUUCGGAAGACCCCGUCCACUACCGUCCGCGCAUGGAAUGGACGUCAGAUCUUUCCGAUGACGAUGAGCCCAUGCCUUCGCGCUCCCCGUUCCGCUUCGACAGCCCCAGCACGGUAGGCUCAGCUGUUCAGGCUGCAGUCCUCGCCAAGCGCGCCAAGCGACGGAGGGCGGUUCGCAAGGAGAUGGAAUGGAACGAAGGACUGGCUUGCUUCGAGGCACGGCGAACCGCAUGGACCGGCGCACGAACUGUCCGUAUCCGCAGCAAGCCUGUCUCACCUCCCGCUGUGUCACCGCGAUCUCCCCGCCGCUUCUUUUUCCGUCGCUCCAUGUCGGGAUCUCCUCCCAGCUCUUCUACAGCGUCCACUCAGCCACCUCAGACCAGCGACGGUUCCGAUGGUUCUUCUCUUGCUAGGAGCGACGACCUCCGAAAGCAGCAGUCCAAGGAUACCACCCCUUCGACGACUCCGUCGAGUCGAAAUUAUCCAGUAGAGGUGUUGCUGCCACUUGCGCCGCCCCUUCUUCCGCCUAACAACCCGCUCCGAGCCUCGAUUACUCCCUCCGUUUACCUCAGCCUCUACGACAAGGUCAUCAUUCAUAGCCUUCAACCAUCAUGCCCUAUCAACCUCUCCGACAUGCUCCGCGCCUGCGUCUCAGGCUGGAAGCGCGACGGUGAAUGGCCUCCGAGACCGACCAUGGCUCCCCCGGCGCCAAUCGUUAAGAAGAAGAAGCCCAAGAAGCCGUCGACUCCACCUCAGGAGAAAGACGGCUCCAGCAACAUGGCUCGUCGCAUGAGCUUUGGCCUGCUUGGGCGCGACAAGGACGAUGUCUCAGGGAGCGGAACUGGAAAGGGUAUCCGCCGUAGUUUGGUUCGGGCCCUCGGCAUCGGCGCUCCGGAUAAUGCUCCAGCAGAGAGGCCUAGAGAGACAUGA